AUGCCGGUGGUUCCGACUCCGCCGUUAGUUAGGGCUGCAGGGCAGCAGGGCGCGCGGGGUGAACAGGGCAGCAGGGCGCACAGGGCUGCAGGGCAGCAGGGCGCGGGGGGGGUUGGUGCUGCAGAUCCCCUCCCCCCCACUGCUGCACCCACAGCAGGGGGAGGUAGGAGAAGGGGGGGGCGGGGGGGGCUGGUGCUGCAGAUCCCCUCCCCCCCACUGCUGCUCCACAAUCCUUCACCCCCCAGGGAUGGAGGAGAAAGGGGGGGCGGGGGGGGGCUGGUGCUGUAG